AUGGAGAUCAUUCCCAACCUUUCUAUAGAGACCUGGGUGCUGCUAGCUACUAGCUUGAUGCUCUUCUACAUAUAUGGGACCUAUUCUCAUGGCCUGUUUAAGAAACUAGGAAUUCCUGGACCCAAACCUCUGCCUUUAUUUGGCACCAUUUUCAACUAUGGUGAUGGCAUGUGGAAAUUUGAUGAUGAUUGCUAUAAGAAGUAUGGAAAAAUAUGGGGGUUUUAUGAGGGCCCACAGCCUUUGUUGGCUAUCAUGGAUCCAGAGAUCAUCAAAAUGGUGCUGGUGAAAGAAUGUUACUCAGUCUUCACAAACCGUCGGUGUUUUGGGCCAAUGGGAUUUAUGAAAAAGGCCAUUACCAUGUCUGAGGAUGAAGAAUGGAAGAGACUUCGAACAAUCCUGUCUCCAACCUUCACUAGUGGCAAACUCAAGGAGAUGUUCCCCCUCAUGAGACAGUAUGGAGAUACAUUGCUGAAGAACUUGAGGCGAGAAGAAGCGAAAGGGGAGCCCAUCAACAUGAAAGACAUCUUUGGAGCUUAUAGCAUGGACGUGAUCACUGGCACAUCAUUUGGAGUGAACGUAGAUUCCCUCAACAAUCCACAGGAUCCCUUCGUGCAGAAAGCCAAGAAGAUCUUAAAAUUUCAAAUUUUUGACCCAUUUCUUCUCUCUAUAGUUCUGUUUCCAUUUCUUACUCCAAUAUAUGAGAUGUUAAAUUUUUCAAUUUUUCCAAGACAGUCAAUGAACUUUUUCAAAAAAUUCGUAAAAACAAUGAAGAAAAAUCGCCUUGAUUCAAACCAGAAGAACCGAGUGGAUUUCCUUCAACUGAUGAUGAAUACUCAGAACUCCAAAGGCCAAGAGUCCCAGAAAGCUCUUUCUGAUCUAGAAAUGGCAGCGCAAGCUAUUAUUUUCAUUUUUGGGGGUUAUGAUGCCACAAGCACCUCCAUUUCCUUCAUAAUGUAUGAACUGGCCACUCGCCCCAAUGUGCAAAAGAAACUCCAGAAUGAGAUUGACAGAGCUCUGCCCAAUAAGGCACCUGUCACCUAUGAUGCUCUGAUGGAAAUGGAGUACCUGGACAUGGUGGUGAAUGAAAGUCUAAGAUUGUACCCAAUUGCUACCAGGCUAGACAGAGUCUCAAAGAAAGAUGUGGAAAUCAAUGGAGUUUUUAUUCCCAAAGGGACUGUAGUUACAAUACCAAUCUAUCCUCUUCAUCGGAACCCUGAGUACUGGCUAAAGCCUGAGGAAUUCAACCCUGAAAGGUUCAGCAAGGAGAACAAGGGCAGCAUUGAUCCUUAUGUAUAUCUGCCCUUUGGAAAUGGACCCAGGAACUGCAUUGGCAUGAGGUUUGCUCUCAUCAGCAUGAAACUUGCUGUCAUAGGAGUCCUGCAGAACUUCAAUAUCCAGCCUUGUGAGAAGACACAGAUCCCCCUGAAGAUCAGUAGGCAACCAAUUUUCCAACCAGAAGAACCCAUCAUCCUAAAGCUUAUGUCAAGAGAUUAA